GUUGUGCGUCGUUAGUGGUGGAAGCCGCUAUUAUUUGUCAGUUUCUUGCCACGUGGAGUUGUUUGUGUUCAAUAGCGAACUCGGUUCGGACUCUGAAAUGUGUAUGGAAGUCCAUGCUUCAAUAUCCGAUUUUUGUUAUUAAAUCGUCAUAAUUGGAGUACACGUUCGAAAUGAAGACCUGAUACCUUCAUUUAAAGGCAGAAAAAAGGUGAAAUGGGAGCAAAUCAGUCGGGACGAGUGGAUAAAACUUUUUAUGGCGAUGAGGUGAACUUCGAUCACUUUCAAAUUCUAAGAGCAAUUGGAAAGGGAAGCUUUGGAAAGGUCUGCAUCGUGCAAAAGAAGGACUCGAAGCAAAUGUUCGCCAUGAAGUACAUGAACAAACACCAGUGCUUGGAACGCGACGCUCUGAAAAAUGUGCUCAGAGAGGUCGAGAUUCUAACGAAGUUGGAACAUCCCUUUCUUGUAAAUAUAUGGUUCUCAUUUCAAGAUGAAGAGGAUUUGUUUAUGGUUUCGGACUUGCUCUUAGGAGGUGAUCUACGAUACCACAUACAGCAAGAAGUCUAUUUUAAUGAUGAAGCUGUGAAACUCGCGAUCUGCGAAUUGGCACUUGCACUUGAUUACUUACAAUCCAAGCACAUCAUUCAUAGAGAUAUAAAGCCGGACAACAUUCUCCUUGACGAGGAAGGACACAUGCACAUAACCGACUUCAAUAUAGCUACGUUUGUUAAGGAUGGACAAUUAGCUUCAUCCAUGUCGGGCACCAAACCAUACAUAGCACCAGAGGUUUUCGACUGCGCUGUGGAUUUGUGUGUUGGAUACUCCUACGCGGUAGAUUGGUGGUCAUUAGGUGUUGUUGCAUACGAAAUGCUCCGAGGACGACGACCAUUUGACAUACACUCAAACACGUCUAUUCAAGAAGUGAGGGCACUAUUUCAAAACGGAGUAAAUUACCCUUCUUCUUGGAAAGACGAAAUGAUCGACCUUCUCUCAAAACUGCUGUGCGUCAGACCUGGGGAGCGUGUUUCAACAAUUCAAGAAUUAAAACAGAUAAAGUGCCUAGACCAAUAUGACAUGGAAUUAGUUUUCCAAAGAAAAUAUCAGCCUUUCUUUGCCCCACCAAGAGAUCACUUAAAUUGUGAUCCCACGUUUGAACUUGAAGAAAUGAUUAUAGAAACGAAACCGCUGCAUAAAAAGAAAAAGCGAUUAGCUAAGCAAAGGUCGAUAAGGGAAACGCACCAGGCGGAAGUGGAGGCAGACUGUCCCAUAGAGCUGCACCAAACGAUCAUACCCGAGUUCAAAAUCUACAACAGAUACCAGGAGCUGGCUAGGCGCGAAAAAGAACGCAAGGAAUUAGCAUGGGAAAAGGAACUUCAGCUAGCAAUGGAAGCUUCCGAUCCACUAUCACCCGUAACCAAAGACAACUAUACUUGUAGUAGCUGUCCAAAGUCACGCAGUGUAGACGACAGCUGUUCCUCAAUUCUAAAAAGUGUCAAAAUUUACCAUAAAACACCUUGCAUAUUAGAAACCAAGGAAUUUUUAGAUGAUACUAUAAUUGAAGAAUCUAGUCAAUUAGUAAACCAAACCAGUGAUAAUCAAAGCGCUACAAGUUUUCAGAAGGAAAAAGUUUGUGAUAUUCAGAAUAAAUUACAAAAUUUUGAAUUUAUAGAUAGAUCCCCAUCACCUGUAGAUCGUAAAGAUACUUGAUAAUUUUCUACUUUUCUCAUGUAGGUAAUAAGUAUAGUAUAAUGUUAAAGGACCAUUUUAUCACUUAAUAAAUAUUUUUCCUAGUGUCA